UUCUCAGAUGUUGCUGGUUUACAGGAUGCUAAAACUGCUCUAAGAGAAGCCAUUAUUAUGCCUUUUAUAUAUCCUCAUCUAUUUACAGGAGGAAGAAAACCAUGGAAGCGAAUUUUAUUGUACGGACCUCCAGGAACUGGAAAAUCAAGACUAGCACAAGCCAUAGCCUCAGAGAUCCAGUCUACCUUUUAUUGUGUUUCUAGUGCUGACUUGGUUUCCAGUUGGGUUGGAGAGAGUGAAAAAUUGAUUAAAGAACUGUUUUCACAUGCUACUAAUAACACAGGAAGAUCUGUAAUAUUUAUUGAUGAAAUAGACAGUAUAACUCGACAGCGUAGUGCUAGAGAAGAAGAACAUACACGAAGAAUAAAAACAGAAUUAUUAAAACAAAUGGAAGGAGCGGAUACUUCAGAUUCAUCUAAUAAAAUAUUUUUAUUAUGUGCUACAAACUGUCCAUGGGAAUUAGAUGUUGCCUUUUUACGUAGAUUUCAAAAGAGAAUUUAUAUUCCACUUCCCGAAAGAGAGGCAAGACAUCAGUUAUUGAAGUUACACAGUCAAGAUAAUUCAGUGAAUUUAACAGAUGAAGAAUGGAAUAAUCUAGUAGACUGUACAGAUGGUUAUUCUGGAAGUGAUAUAGCAACCAUGACUCUAGGUGCUUUAUUUGAACCAAUUAGAGAUCUACAGAGUGCACAAUAUUGGAACAUGUUACCAGACGGUAAAUAUCAGCCAGCAGAUAUUUUAUAUUCUAAUAGUGUAGAGGCUUUUUUAACUGAUUUACCAGCUGAUAAAGUAAGUCACCUUUUUUUAUAUGUAAAAAAGGGAGAUUUCAUAAAAUCAUUACACACCCACAGAAAAACUGUAUCAGAAGAAGAAUUGAAAAAGUUUGAAAUUUUUACUAAAAGUUAUGGUGAAAGUGGAUAA